AUGGAUAGAGGAAACAACACCUUAGCUAACUUUUACUACUUCUCAGACUUUACUGGGCUCAAAUGGUGGACUCACGGAAGGCUUGUCGACUAUAAUAUGCCAAACUCAGCCGAAAGCGAUAUUAGCCAAUGGCUCAUUGCUAACCCCAACCGCCUUAAUUUGGGUCGCAUUGGGUUUCACUUUGGAAAUGAAUCCAUUCAAGAAGAGAACCUAAAGAACAAAACACAGCUACUAGACAUUUGGUCUGGAAAACUUCUGUCCUCUUUCGUUCUAGGUGGAUCUCGCGUCGAUGUCAUGACAACAGUCGACCCAGACCGAGAUGUUAUUGCGAUAACAGUCGAAUCGGACCUCCUAUCGGAGGGCAAGCUGGGUAUAUUCUUCGAUUUUCCCUAUCCUGACUUGAACAAGUUUGAUGCUCCCUUCGUUGGGGUCUGGAAUAAUACCCAGUCCACAACGACUCUCCAGAAUUCUCAAGAGGGUGCGACGAUCCGCCAAAAACUUGACAAUAACAUCCAUUAUCUUCAUGCCAAAUGGGAUGGGCCUUGCAAGAUUUCAGGACCAUUUCCCGAGUCGAACAAAUAUAUUUUGAAAAGACUACCCGGUUCGAAGACACUACAUCUCAGCGCCUUGUUCACAACUGAGAAAACAGCACACAGUGUGAAAACUACUUCCGAAGUUGAAGGAUCUGCUGCAAGGUGGUGGAAUUCCUAUUGGACUUCCGGGGCGUUCGUGGAUAUUUCAGCCACGGGCGAACCAAACGCAAUUGAGUUACAGCGUCGAAUCAUAUUGUCUCAAUAUCUCUUAGCAGUAAACUCUGCAUCUGAUCAUGAGCCACAAGAAUCCGGCCUUGUGAAUAAUGGCUGGUACGGCAAGUUUCAUGCAACUGGAGAUGUGCUUCUGGCAUACCGCACAUUUCGCUCGCUGGAACCACUUCGAUUUAUUCCAGCGCAGCCAGCCGAGCAUGUAUCGAAAGUUUCUGCCAGCCUCCUAUGA